CUCUUGAGAUUGAGUUAAGUUCUCCUCCUACAGCUUACCCCCUAAUGCGUCGAAAGCCAUAGCGUCGCGAAUACUUCAUCAAUCAACAUGAUUCAAAUUGGGAACGGUAGCUGAGAUAAAGAGCUACAACAUAUCCAAGUUUCGCGACAUUCCAACGGCUAGGUUUUCGUCGACGUCGUUUCUUGUGAAGACGACUUUUCUGUCCAGAAUUUCGGAUUUAUAUUUUGAGUAAUUCUAGCUCCUAAGUUCACCUAGACUCCGUCCUUAAUCCUAACAAGUGGCAUCAGAGCUGUAUUAAGGACGUUGAGAGGAGUCUACAGAAGUGUGAAGACCCUUCUAGACCCACCAUGGCCUGUGGGUGUGCCUAAGUGGUGUUCUAAAGGUUGGAUGUGUCUUCCGCUAAGGGAAACUCUGCCGAAAUUUCGUGGACGCCGACACUUGUGAAAAUAUCGAGGGAGCUGAGUGUGGACAGCAAAGGGGGGCUGAAAUUCGUCAUUUCUCAAGGAGAAGAUGAAUGAGAGAGGAGGAGAUGCUAAUGGAAGAGGAGCUGUAGCUGAGAAGACAAGUGAACCGCCGCCAUCAAAAGUUGAAGCUUUGGAUGGCUCCAACUAUGAGGAAUGGAGCGGACGGAUGAGAAGUGCCUUCAAACGCUACAAGCUACUGAAGAUUGCUGUUGGGGAAGAGAAGAUGCCGGAAGAAGGCGAAGCACGUGAACGGUGGAUUGAGAAAAGCACGGUGCUUUUCGACCUCAUCCUUCAAUCGGUCAACAAGGAGAUGUUCGAGCACAUCAAGGAUCUUGUGGAAGCGGAUGAUUCGGGUCCAAGGGCGUGCUUUGCUCCCUGUCAUUGGUGUUGGAAAUGCCAAGGUUAAGGGAGCUAAUGGGGAGCUUGUGGGGCUUGGGAAUGUUCUGCUGGUUAAAGGCUUGUCUGCUAACCUUCUCUCUGUGCGACGACUGCAGAAGAGCAAGGCCGAAGUGACCUUUGGACCAACCAGCUGCCGUGCUAAGCUUGGGAAGAAGGUGCUAUGGAGUCUGGAAGAGGAGACCAGUUGCAUCAAGGACCUGUGGCAGCUGCCCAUCAUCCCAUGGAAUGGGAAGACUCCAACAGCAGCAACGGCAGCAGCGGCAAAGGCAACAGCAGGAGGAGAUGCAACUGCACCAACUGAUGGGGUCCUGGAAGCAGUCAAGAAAGUGCAGCAGCAGCAGAGACAUGGUGAGGUGCUUGCUGGUGUGGAUGCGAGUGCGGCAUGGGCUAAGGCUUCAUCAAAGAGUGGAGAGGCCGAUUGGGAGACAUGGCAUGAGAGGCUGUGUCAUGUGAACUUCCCUAUGCUACAGAAGUUGGUAAAGGAUGGGAGCCUGAAAGGCUUGGAGGUGAAAGGGGGAGUGAAGGAGAUUGGGAGCUGCCCUACAUGCUUGGAGACCAAGUUCUCCAAGUUCCCCUUCAACAGCACUACAGGACCAGCCAAGACCCCACUUGCACUUGUGCACAUGGAUGUGGUGGGGCCCACAAGAGCCCCUUCCCUCUCAGGCAGCCGCUAUUUCUUGACAAUUGUGGAUGACCACACUCGAGCAGUGUGGGUUUACCCUUUGAACAGCAAGGGGGAGGUGGCAGCGGCUGUCCUUAAGGAGUGGAUGCCGAGAGCUCAGAGGGAAUGCGGACACAAGGUGAAGGUGAUCCGUAGUGACAAUGGUGGGGAGUUCAUUGGAGCUGAUUUUGAGGGGGAGUUGAAGAGGAAGGGGAUCCAGCAUCAACUGACAGUGCCCUACAACCCACAGCAGAAUGGCGUGGCUGAGAGGUUCAACAGGACCCUGCAGGAGGGGGCACGCACUCUCCUUGGGCGUGCAGGGCUGCCUGAUCCGUUUUGGGUGUCUGCACUGAGGCAGGUCGCCCUUGUGAAGAACAGGGUGCUGGCUACAGUUGGAGAUAAGGAGUGGAUCCCAUACGUCAAGUGGUAUGGGAGUGCUCCAGCUGUGAACAUGCUGAGGGCAUUUGGGUGCAUGGUGGUGUUUCAUGUGCCUAAGGAGAAAAGGGGGAAGUUGGAGGCUUCUGGAAGAUGGGGUGUGCACUUGGGGAUUGCAAAGGAUCACAAGGGGUGGCUGCUAUGGGACUUGACCACCCAGAAGUUGACAGUGUCAAGGGAUGUGAAGUUUCUUGAGUCCCUGUACUACAAGGAAUGGAAGCAGCAGCAACAGAAGCUUCCAUCUACACCGCUCAUUGUGGAGGCGGAUGAGGUGCAGCGGCCUUCAAGACAGGUAGAGGUUGCAGUGUCAGAGGAGGAGAUGUCUGGGGUGACUGAGGAAGGGGGAGCAGCUGAAGUAGAGCAGCAGCAGCAGCAGCAUGAGUCUCCACCUCGAGUUCCACACCCGCCUGAGCGUCCUAGGAGGGAUGUGCGCCCUCCAGUGAGGCUGACCUAUGGGGGAAGAGGCAAGCCGAAUGUGGUGCAGGCUGGGAGUGUGGUUGAGCAGAUUGAGGAAGAUGAGAUCGCUCACUGCUACUGGGCACCAAUCCCUGAGCCCAAGACUCGAGAAGAGGCCUUGAAUGGACCAAAUGGGGAGAAGUGGAAGGCGAGUGAGGAUGAGGAGUUUGGGUCCCUGAUUGAGAACGAGACAUGGGACCUGUGUGACUUGCCUCCUGGAAAGAAGGCAAUCACUUCCAAGAUGAUCUACAGGCACAAGUAUGGACCUGAAGGGGAGCUGACCCGAUACAAGUCUAGGCUUGUGGCAAGGGGGUUUCAGCAGACAAAAGGGAAGGACUAUGAUGAGGUGUUUGCUCCUGUGGGGAAAGGAACAACACUGAGGGUGCUGUUGGCGAUAGCUGCACUCCUGGGAUGGAAGAUACGGCAGAUGGACAUUGUGACUGCCUUUCUGAAUGGGAUCAUUCUGGAGGAGGUGUAUAUGAAGCAGCCAGAGGGGCUGGAUGAUGGGAGCGGCAGGGUCUGCAGGCUGAAGAAGGCCAUCUAUGGCCUUAAGCAGGCGCCUCGUGCAUGGUAUCACAAGUUGGAGGAGGCGCUGCUGGCUGGGGGUUUCAAGAAGAGUGAGUGUGACCCCAGCCUGUUCCUGCUGCAGGAGAAGGAUGAAAUCCUCAUGCUCUUGGUGUACGUGGAUGAUAUCCUUCUCUUUUCUGCAUCAACUGCUUUGCUGGACAGCGCAGAGCAGAUGCUAGAGAUGCAGUUCAAGUGUUCCAAGAUGGGUGAGGUGAAGUACUACUUGGGGAUGCAUGUGGAGAGAGAUGUGGAGAAGGGUGUGCUGAGGUUGCACCAGAGGAAGUACUGUGAGGGGCUGGCUGAGAAGUAUGGGCUGCAAGAUGGGGGAAAGCCAGCAACACCACUACCUUCAGGGUUUACUGUGGAGCCAUGUGCUGAUGAGGAGGUAGUGGGUGAGAGUGACAGGAAGCUGUUUCAUUCGAUGGUUGGGUCGCUGAAUUAUGCUGCAAAUCAUACACGGCCUGACAUUGCAUUUUCUACAUCACGGUUGGCUAGUGUGGUCUCACGCCCUAGUCAUGAGCAGCUGGAAGCGGCCAAGAGGUUGGUCCGCUAUGUGAGUGCUACGGCAUCAGUGGGAUUGGAGUACAGUGGAGUGAGGCAGCGGUUGCAGAGAGGUGCUGCAGAUGUGAAGAGUGGUGAGAUGCUCUUGAGUUGCUAUACUGACGCUAGCUUCAACUCAGUGAAAGCGGAUGGCACCAGCAUUGGGGGUUAUGUGUGCUUGCUAGGAGGUGGUGCUGUGAGCUGGCGCAGCAAGAAGCAGAAUGAGGUGGGAUUGUCCUCAUGUGAGACUGAGUACAUGGCCUUACACCAUGGGGCCAAGGAAGUAGUGUGGCUAAGGCGUUUGUUGGAGGAGUUGGGAGUUGGUCAGGAGGAGCCGACAGUUGUGUUCUGUGACAAUGAGUCUGCUGUGAAGCUCGCCAAGAAUGCUUGUUUGCAUGGGCUGACAAAACACAUAAGGCCUAAGUGGCACUGGGUGAGGAGACUCCUUGAUAAGGAGGUGCGGCUGGAGAUAGUGAAGACCCAUCAGCAGGCAGCAGAUAUUUUCACCAAGCGUCUGGCGGAGGCGGAUCAUUGGAAGGGCAUGAAGCUUGCUGGGAUGAGUGUGCAUUGAGUAUGCAUGCUUGAGAUGUUGGUAUGGUGGUUGAUGGUUGGCAGCCAGAGGGGGAGAUUGUUGUGUGAUGUCAUCAUAUGU